AUGGAGCCACCGCUCAUUGAUCCUGCUUUGGAGCCUCCAGCCAGAGACCCGCCGGUCAUGGAACCACCAGAAGUAGAUCCGCCAGCCAUUGAUCCUCCGCUCAUAGAGCCGCCGGUUUUCGAGCCUCCGGCCAUAGAUCCACCGGACAUAGAACCUCCAGCUUUGGAACCGCCAGACAUUGAUCCACCAGUCGAAGAUCCGCCGGCCAUUGAUCCUCCACUCAUAGAGCCACCGGUUUUAGAUCCGCCUGCCAUAGAUCCACCGGUCACAGAACCUCCAGUUUUGGAGCCACCGGCCAUUGAUCCGCCGGACAUCGAUCCACCAGAAGUAGAUCCACCGGUUUUAGAACCACCUGCCAUGGAGCCACCGGCCAUUGAUCCGCCAGUCUUUGAUCCCCCGGCCAUUGAACCUCCAGCCAUGGACCCACCGGACAUCGAUCUGCCAGUUUUGGAUCCUCCGGCCAUUGAGCCUCCAGUCAUUGAUCCGCCGGACAUCGAUCCGCCAGUCUUUGAUCCUCCGGCCAUUGAACCUCCAGCCAUAGAUCCGCCGGACAUCGAUCCACCAGAAGUAGAUCCACCGGCUUUAGAACCACCAGCCAUGGAGCCACCGGCCAUUGAAGACUGA